AAGCCACGCGCAUGGCGUUCCUUGUCGGCCUCGUGCUCGGAAUCGUCGUCGGCGUUGCUCUCAUCGUCGGAUUCGCCCGUUAUGAGAAUGCUAGAUCCAAGCUCCGGUCUGAGCUUGCUGAAACGAUUGCCGCUUUGGCCCGGAUGACCGUUGAAGAUUCCAGGAAGAUCUUGCCUCCUCAGUACUAUCCUUCUUGGGUUGUCUUUUCUCAGAGGCAAAAGUUGAGCUCUCUGUCCCCUUUGACUUGGCUGAACUCACAUCUAACUAAGAUCUGGCCCUAUGUUAACGAGGCUGCUUCUGAGCUCAUAAAGGCAUCCGUGGAACCAAUUCUCGAACAAUAUAGACCGGUGAUUUUGGCCUCAUUGAAAUUUUCGAAGUUCACUCUAGGUACAGUAGCCCCACAGUUUACAGGAGUAUCUAUAAUAGAAGAUGGAGGGAGCGGCGUCACAAUGGAGUUGGAAAUGAAUUGGGAUGGGAAUCCAAGUAUUGUACUUGAUAUUAAGACACUAAUUGGUGUUGCACUGCCAGUACAGGUAAAAGAUAUAGGAUUCACAGGUGUUUUCCGGCUGAUUUUUAAGCCACUUGUUGAUGAAUUUCCUGGCUUUGGAGCUGUUAGCUACUCUUUGAGGCAAAAGAAAAAAUUGGAUUUCACGUUGAAAGUUGUUGGUGGAGAUAUAUCAGCAAUCCCCGGCUUAGCCGAUGCAAUUGAGGGGUCAAUUCGGGAUGCUGUUGAAGAUUCUAUUACAUGGCCUGUGAGAAAAGUUGUACCCAUCCUGCCUGGAGAUUACAGUGAUCUGGAGUUGAAGCCUGUGGGCAUAUUAGAAGUCAAGCUUGUGCAGGCUAAGGAGUUAACAAACAAAGACAUUAUUGGUAAAUCAGACCCCUAUGCUGUGCUGUAUGUACGACCUUUGCGUGACAGAAUGAAAACUAGCAAGACAAUUAACAAUGAUCUGAAUCCAAUUUGGAAUGAACACUUCGAAUUUAUUGUCGAAGAUGAAUCUACUCAGCACCUGGUGGUUAAAGUUUAUGAUUCUGAGGGCUUAAUGGCAUCUGAAUUGAUUGGUUGUGCGCACAUACGGCUCAGUGAACUUGAGCCUGGUAAAGUAAAAGAUGUGUGGUUGAAGCUGGUCAAGGAUUUGGAGGUCCAAAGAGAUAACAAAAAUAGGGGUUCGGUACAUUUGGAGCUUUUAUACUAUCCUUUUGGCAUGGAGACUGUGUUUACCAACCCUUUUGUUCGCAAUGAUCCAUUGACAUCCUUAGAAAAGAUUCUUAAAAGUUUAGCAAAUGGAAUAGAAUGUACUGGAAACGGAAAUGAAGUUACACAGAAGAAAAGGGACGUUAUAAUCAGAGGAGUCCUUUCUGUUACGGUGAUAUCUGGUGAAGACUUGCCUGCGGCAGAUUUUACGGGGAAAUCUGAUCCUUAUGCUGUUCUCAUCAUGAAGAAAUCAGAAACAAAAUGCAGAACCAGGGUUGUGAAUAACACCUUAAAUCCAGUUUGGAAUCAGACUUUUGACUUUGUUGUUGAGGAUGGAUUACAUGAUAUGCUAAUGGUUGAAAUUUGGGACCAUGAUACAUUUGGAAAGGAUUAUCUGGGAAGAUGCAUAUUGACCCUUACGAGGGUCAUAUUGGAAGGGGAAUACGAAGAAUGUUAUGAGCUGGAUGGGGCUAAAUCUGGAUCUUUGAGAAUGUUUCUCAAGUGGUUGCCCCAGCCGAUUUAUAGGGCUGAUUCCUGAGUGUUCCUUGCCAAACCUUCACAAUAUCCGCACCCCUCGAUUUAUACAAAUUUUGCUCUCUGUUAUUUGUGAGAAAAUCGAGCUAGUGAUGUACAUAAUUGUUUCAUUCGAUUAGAAUUCGAAACCACCUCUUUUCUAGCCGCUCGUAUUUCUCAUUUGCUGGCUCACUGCUUUCUUUCCCGCCCGUCAAGCUCUCGGUAGAAGCGUUAAUUAUCUUUUUGCUAAGGUUUUAUAUGGACGUGCAGAAAGGGACAGCAAGAUAAAGGAAAGGGCGGAGAAAAAGGUGAAGAAAAACAGUGUAAUUCUUGAAAAUGUGGUAAGCUGUUGCUCUUUUGGAUUUC